AGAACAGUCAGAGCACCCAAAGCGCAGUCACUCUGUUCGCCGGGCCCACGUCCGCCCUCCUCGUCUCCAAUUGAUUCUUCAUACACAUCCCUCUACGUCGGCCUGCUCGUCUCUCUUGUCCUGCUCGCCAAUUGUCCCCCAAUUCGUCCCGUCGCGCAGGCACCGAGCCCGUCCGACCUUUUUCGCUUCCCUUGCUUGCCCUUCGCCACCUGUGCCGACAAAACCCUCCUCCGGCCACAUCCCACCGACCCGUCACCGCACACGACAGAAACCGCAGCCAGACACCGCAGCGGAAGGAACGAGCACCACAAUGGCUUCGGCGCUCAAGAACACGUUUGCACAGUGCAAAAAGGAGGGCCGGCCCGCCCUCGUCACGUAUGUCACCGCAGGUUACCCGACCAUAGAAGAGACCCCAGACAUCAUGCUGGGCAUGCAGGCUGGCGGCGCAGACGUGAUCGAACUCGGUGUCCCCUUCACAGAUCCAAUCGCCGACGGGCCAACCAUUCAAAAGUCGAACACGAAAGCGCUCGAAAAUGGCGUAACGACAGCACACUGCUUGGACAUGGUGCGCACCGCCCGCGCCAAGGGCCUGACUGUGCCCGUCAUCCUCAUGGGCUACUACAACCCCACGCUGAGCUACGGCGAGGAGAAGUUGAUGCGCGACUCCAAGGAGGCCGGCGUCAAUGGCUUCAUCAUGGUCGACCUACCGCCCGAGGAGGCCGUCAAGUUUAGAAAUUAUUGCGCAAAGGCCGGCCUCUCGUACGUUCCCCUCAUUGCUCCCUCGACGUCCGACUUCCGCAUGAAGCUGCUCUGCCAGAUCGCAGACUCGUUCAUUUACGUCGUCUCGCGCAUGGGUGUCACCGGCGCAACCGGCACCCUCAACGCCGCCCUGCCCGAGCUGCUCGAGCGCGUGCACAAAUACUCUGGAAACGUCCCCGCCGCCGUCGGCUUCGGCGUAAGCACGCGCGACCACUUCCUGAGCGUCGGCGCCAUCGCCGAGGGCGUCGUCAUUGGCAGCCAGAUCAUCAACGUGCUUUCGUCCGCGCCCGCCGGCCAGCGCGCCGCCAAGGUUGCCGAGUAUUGCACCAUGAUCACGGGCCGCGACCCGACCCAGCCCGUCACAACGCGCGAGGUCGGCAUCGUGGAGACGAUAGCUGCCGCCAAGGAGCCCGACGGCGUGCACGUCGACGGCGUCGUCACCAGCAACGGCGACGGUCCCGGUCUGGUCGAACAGAUAGAGGCCCUGAACACGGAUGGCUUCCGCGACAAGACGCUGCUGCCCCCGCGCUUCGGUGAGUUCGGCGGACAGUACGUGCCCGAAUCGCUGAUGGACUGUCUCGCCGAGCUGGAAGCAUGCUUCAACCAGGCCAAGGACGACCCCUCUUUCUGGGAAGAGUAUCGCUCCUACUAUCCCUACAUGGGUCGGCCUGGCCAGCUGCACCUGGCUGAGCGGCUGACGGCGCACGCGGGCGGCGCCAACAUCUGGCUGAAGCGUGAGGAUCUGAACCAUACGGGCUCGCACAAGAUCAACAACGCGCUCGGCCAGAUCCUGCUCGCCCGCCGCAUGGGCAAGACGGAGAUCAUCGCCGAGACGGGCGCGGGCCAGCACGGCGUUGCCACUGCGACCGUGUGCGCAAAGUUCGGUAUGAAGUGCACCAUCUACAUGGGCGCCGAGGACGUGCGGCGCCAAGCCCUCAACGUGUUCCGCAUCAAGCUGCUUGGCGCCCGCGUCGUCGCCGUCGAAGCCGGCACCCAGACCCUGCGCGACGCCGUCAACGAGGCGCUGCGCGCCUGGGUUGUCAACCUCAGCACGACCCACUACAUCAUCGGCUCCGCCAUCGGCCCGCAUCCGUUCCCGCUCAUCGUGCGCACCUUCCAGUCGGUCAUCGGCAACGAGACCAAGGCCCAGAUGCUUGAGAAGCGCGGCAAGCUGCCAGAUGCCGUCGUCGCCUGCGUCGGCGGCGGCUCCAACGCCGUGGGCAUGUUCUACCCCUUCAGCAACGACCCGUCCGUCAAACUGCUCGGCGUCGAGGCCGGCGGCGACGGUCUCGAUACCAAAAAGCACGCUGCCACUUUGUCCGGUGGCACAAAGGGCGUUCUACACGGCGUACGCACAUACGUGCUGCAGAACCAGCACGGCCAGAUCCAGGACACCCACUCCGUGUCCGCCGGUCUCGACUACCCUGGCGUGGGUCCGGAGCUGUCCUCGUGGAAGGACAACGAGCGGGCCAAAUUCAUCGCAGCAACGGACGCCCAAGCAUUCAUCGGCUUCAGGCUCAUCAGCGAGCUUGAGGGUAUCAUCCCAGCGCUGGAGAGCGCGCACGCCAUUUACGGCGCCGUCGAGCUUGCCAAGACGAUGAAGAAGGACGAAGACGUCGUCAUCUGCCUAAGUGGGCGCGGCGACAAGGAUGUUCAGAGCGUGGCAGACGAGCUGCCCAAGCUGGGUCCAAUCAUCGGGUGGGAUUUGAGAUUUUAGAUACCAAAACACAUGACCGAGGCGUAAAUUUUUGUUCUUCGUUUUCCCUCUUGCGUAACGUCUCCAUGUCUAGCCUUCUCAGCCAGUGAGCUCUGUAGUUCAUGAAGGCCUGUUAUCACUGACGGUGGGGAGAAGAAGAGAGAGUGAAAAAAAAUACAUGUGGCGUUUUGGGAAGAAAAGACAGGGAGACUUUGGGAGUAGAACAGUAAAUUCAAGAUUUUUUUUUCCCCUG